AUGCCCUGCUGGCAGGUAUCGAUCGUAUCGAUCGUACCAGCAACUAAGAAUACAGACGCCUUGCUAUUUAUCCUACUCUUCGGCUAUACCGUUGUCUCUUUUCUCUUCUUCGCUGUUGUGAAUCACUCUCUUCUCUGCGCAAUCGACGCAUUUUCCCGAGUUCCCGACGCUGCCGAACCACCACGAACGACCACAUUUGGCGGGGUUGACAUGAGUCUCAAGGGCCUUCAGAAGGGCUUCGCCAGAGCUCCCCAGACUUUCAAACAGAAAUUCAACCUUGGAGAGAACACAAAGGAUCCCGUCUAUAUAGAUGCGGAGAGGAGAUUCCAGGAGUUGGAGAAAGAGACGAAGAAACUGCAUGAUGAAUCGAAGAAGUACUUCGAAGCCAUAAAUGGCAUGCUAAAUCACCAGAUUGAAUUCUCAAAAGCGGUCGCGGAGCUAUACAAACCUAUCUCCGGUAGAGUCUCAGAUCCUGACGCCGCAAAGCCGGAGGGGAACCCGGAAGGUAUCCAGGCAUGCGAAGAAUACGAGUCGAUUGUGCGCUCCCUACAAGAGACACUUCAGCCUGAGCUAGAGCUGAUAGAGAGUCGGAUCAUCAGCCCCGCGGACCAGCUGUUAGAGAUUAUUAAAGUCAUCCAAAAGGUUGCUGUCAAGCGUGAACAUAAACAGCUGGAUUAUGACCGACACCGCGCGUCCCUGAAGAGGCUACAAGACAAGAAGGAAAAGUCUCUUAAAGAUGAGAAAGCUAUGUACAAGGCUGAGAACGAUGUGGAAGCGGCAACACAAGAGUUUAAUUAUUACAACGACCUGCUGAAGGAUGAACUGCCGAAGUUGUUCAAGCUUGAGGCAGAGUUCAUUCAGCCGCUUUUCCAGUCCUUUUAUUACAUGCAACUGAACGUAUUUUAUACCCUCCAUGAUAAAAUGCAGGGACUGAAUAUUGGAUAUUUCGACUUAACAUCAGAUGUUGAAGAGGCGUAUGAACGAAAACGAGGUGAUGUAAAGGAACGAACAGAAGCGUUGAGCAUUGUCCACUUCAAAACGACCGGCGGCCGCCGCCCUGGCUCCAAGUUUACACCAAAGGAUAAGCUUGCAGCUGAAUCAAAAUACUCUAGACGGACAACCGAUGCUUUCUCCGACCCUAACCCUCCACCUCCUUACUCCGCCCAUACCGCUUCAACUCUUAUCGGCCGUGCUAAUAGCGCAAGUCCUGCCUCACUCGCGGCGGCUGCAAAGUCAAAACCCGCUCCUCCACCGCCGAAACCCAAACCAGCGAAGUUUAGCGCGGCACCCGUUGAAACUGCUACUGCUCUUUACGACUAUGAGGCCCAGGCUGUGGGUGACCUGAGCUUUACUACUGGUGAUGUCAUCGAGAUCACCCACCGCACAGCCAAUACUAAUGAGUGGUGGACUGGAAAAAUUGAUGGAAAGUCUGGACAAUUUCCAGCUAACUACGUCAAGUUAAAUGUCUAA